AGGGAGACUAUUGAUCUUUUAGACGCUUUAGACUCUUAGAGUCGGACGGAAAAGAAAAAAGGAGGAUGCUAUUAUUAUCCGCGCCCACCGGUCAGUGCCCUCGUACGAGGAGAUUCUUGAUCAAUCCGCCAUUGAUUGCGUUGCUUAAUCUCCGUGCCUUCGCUAGUCCGCAACCAGGUCUUCUUCCCGGCAGACAGACAGACAAAGACCACCGGUCCAUAUUAGUUAGUCCGUCCAUGCAUGCAUGCAUGCUAGCUGCCGACGGCGCCCUCUGUUGGUCGCAUCGCAGUCGCCUUUCCCUUUCAGCCAGGACGAAAGGACUCGAUAGAUAACUAUCUAGGAGGAGAAAC